GAGGCCGGAGAUUUUCCCCGGCUACUUUCAUAGGAAACAAAACAAAAAUAGGACUGAAAGAACUAAAUCCUAUCUGGAAAAUUCCCCUCCUACUAAUCGAAUAUACCCAGCAACUUGAAAUGUUAGCGACAGCCCUGAACUCUUGAACUCUUGUACCCUUUUUGUUUUGUUUUUUUUCAUUUGUGUGUAAAUGUGUAGUAAAGUGUUGUAAUAAAGCAAACAAAUACAUGUAAAAAUAAAAAUAGUGAAUAAAUUUAAGCAAAAUACUAUGUUAUAUUCUUGGCAAACACUUGUUGUUCCAUGGGCUCCACUUAACCCUUUGAGCCCCAGUAUACAUGUACAAAUUCUCCUUUCUGAUCUCUAUACAUUUCCUUAAAGAAUGAGUUGAGAGAAUUUGAUAAAAGAUCAAGGCAUUUUCUCUAAGGUGAUCAUUUUAUUAAUUCUCAUAACCUAAUCUCUUGACAUUGUAUGGAUAUUGUUGGGAGAAAAUUGUUGUUGGUCACUAUUGGGACUUAAAGGGUUAACAUGCAUGUACAUGUUUUGUGCUGUAGAAUAAUAAUUAACUGUUCUUGUUAUUUCAGAUAACUCAAUCUAUAGCAUUCCUCCUUCUUGGAAUGCUGUUCAGUACCAUUACAGAGCUCCCGUGGAGUAUUUACAGUACUUUUGUUAUUGAGGAAAAGCAUGGAUUCAACAAACAGGUUUGUCAAUAGUGUUAGCAUGUUCUCUCUAAAUUCUUUGACUUACAGUGUAUAAACCACUUUGUCUAGAUUCAAGAUAGUGGCCAGAAAACUACAUGUAUGGUGUUACAGUCAAACUCUGCUAAUACGGACACUGUUGGGUCCAUAGAAAGUGUUGGUAUUAGCUGGGUGUCCAUAUUAAGUGGGUUAUGACUGUUGUCAAUAAAGUAAAAUGACACCUUUUAUGAGAACAAAAUGCUAAAGAAAUUUAAGAGGACAUAAGCGUCAUCAAUUUAAACCUCUCUAACCUUCUCAAAGCUGUAAUUCCGAGGACAAAUCCACAGAAGCACUCAAAAAUUGUUCAUCUGCAUAUUAAUUUAUCCAAAACCACUCUCUGCAUAACUCGUUUGAUGCCAAAAGCAGUCUAAAAAUAAUAUUGAUGUCUACAAAUUAUCAUAUCCGGUGUACUUUAGCCCGGGGAACAUCGACAUGCUGUCAACUGAAAGAUUUUUUACCUUACAGAAGGAAAGGUUUAUUACAACACACAGUUGAUAAUGAAGUGUCAGUAUUAGCGAGGUUGACUUUCUAUGAGAAUUUGUUGAUUGGGCAAGAAAAAAGUGUAUGUUGUCUGCAUUAGCUGACGUCGGUAUUAAGCAGCUUGAAUUUAGAGAAAAUGUAUGAACUUUCCCCAGGGACAAUGAAAACUGUCUGUAAUAACGGGGUGUCCGUUUUAAGCAGAUGUCCGUAAAGUGUUUGACCGUAGUUUCUUCAACUGCCAUUUUUGAAAGUUGAUCUACAAUUUUGAAGUUCUAAGUAGUAUCAAAUUGGACUGGCAAAGUUGGAAUCUUGUAGAGUUCUAAAUUUUAAUAUGAUGUGGCGUUUAUAGAAGAGGAUACCCAUUACAAUGUAGUUUACAGAGGCCUUGUUAGGGUACAAUUUUGACAAGCAUGAUGGCCUUGAAACAGUGACAUAAGAAGCUUAAAUGGAGACAAACAGCACAAAAAUGGGUUGAAAUUGUGACGGGGAUGAGACCCCCCUAGGAAAACCUCUUUAUAUUGAGGCCCUCAAAUCCUGUCCAGUAUGCACAUAGUUAGUUAUCAGCUUGCUACACAACACUAUCUUGGGACUUGUGUCCGGCUAACAAGGACAGAAACAUAUUUUUAAUUAGUGAACAUAACAAAUACAUGUGAGAAUCCCAAUUCAGUGGCCCCUGGGGCAAACCAGUUGUCUUUUUGCAAAAUAAUGUGUUGAGCUUAACUUGGAACUACAAUGUAUGUGUUCCAAGGACAUUACUCUAGGUAGUUGUUGGGGUGGAAAUUAAACCCAAAGCGACCAAGGGAGAUCUAGUGUUGUAAACAACCCAGUCAUACUGCAUCUUUAACUUAUUGGGAUGGGAUCUCGUAACCACUCUCUCCUUAAAAUAAAUAACAUUUACUGUGUGUUUUUAUUUUGUUUUUGAUUUUUUUUUUCUGCAGACCAUUGGUUUCUAUUUGAAGGAUCGUGUGAAGAAGCUGGCCGUGAUGUCAGCAAUAUCACUUCCUUUAGUGGCAGCAUUAUUGUACAUCAUUAAGUGGGGAGGCCAAUAUUUCUUCAUUUACACUUGGCUCUUUACACUUGUGGUCACUUUGGUGAGUACUGGCUUGAUUACUGUAGAAAGGUUCCACCCCUUGUCAUGUCUCCACCCCCCAAUCCAAAAUUGCUGGAUUCGCCCCUCCAAACUUUGGUUCAGAACGGUCUGUUGAACUUUUUUGUGCCAAAUUACUUCUCACAGAGAUGACCACGUGUUUCUCAAUCUGUGAACGCCAGUCACCAUUGGUGCCGGAAAUACUGCUUUGCAAGGAGAGGCAACGGAUCAUAGGAGGAUACCCCAAAAUAAUUACAUUUUCAAAUGUCCCUGGAAUUCAGUUUAGUGGCAAAAUGCAACCCGUGUUUAAUUUUAAAAAAAUCGGACAGUUUAAAAGUGACAUACAAUCCUGUCGAUGUAAAAAUUUCAGUUUCAAACAAGUGUCAGGUCUGAUAAGGGGGGUCCAGAUCCCCUGGACUCUACCCCUGGAUCCACCAGUUUUAGCUUUGGCACCUUUGGGGCCAGCACUAGAGGUCCAUUUUAGAGAGAUAUCCAUCUUAUGGAGAGUCAGCUCAUUAGAAGGUGUAAAGAAUGGAAGGUGUAAAGAAAGGUGUCCAUUUUAGCUAGGUGUCCUUCUUAUAGAGGUGUCCGUUAAGAGGGACUUGACUGUAAAGAAGCAAUUUUCAUUCCUUGUAUGUUUUUUCUUCUUUUUUUUUUUUGCAAUCCACACACUUACAGUCUCGUGACUCCCUCUGCCUAAGGGCUAGUGACCAUAUUUCCUUUUGAGUCUCUUUUACACUGGCAAAUUUACUUACAGCACUUGCAUCAGUAGAUGAAUCUACCCUUGAAGAUGACUUAUAAAGUCAUAUUAAGUUGGGUAUUAAUUUUUUAGAUAAUUCAGCUAAAUAAUAAUUAUGUUUACAGUCAUUUUGUUACCUCUGCAUCUUGCGUCCCUCAUGCAUAAAAUUCAUGGCAUGCAUCCAGUAGGAUGCAAAGAUCGAUCGAUUGAUUGAUCGAUUUUAACAUGUGCAUUUGUAGAAAUUACCCGUCUGUGUCAUUUCUGUGGCGAUUAUAAUGGCUGUUGUUUAACGAUGCAUGUUUCUUUUAGCCUUUGUUGUGCUUUAAAAUAGAAGGACUAUAUUGUAAUUUCAGUAUACUGUAAUGCAGAGUUUUGGAGUCUGCCUUCAGAUUAACUGUCUGGUUACAUAAAGGCCCAAGCAGGUUCAAUUUUGGACUCUCUUUUUUUAACUGGGACUCACUGUUUCUGGACUGGGUCCCAUGAUUUUUCACAAGAUGAGUCCCAGGAUUCACCAUAACUAUUUGUAACAAAAUCAAUGUGUUAACAAGCAAGAAUAAUACAUCUAUAAUUCUCUUUCAGGUUCUAGUCACUGUCUACAUGGACUACAUUGCUCCUCUAUUUGAUAAAUUCACUCUCCUUCCUGAGGGGACCUUGCGCACUUCAAUUGAACAGCUAGCAGCCCAGAUCUCAUUUCCAUUAACCAAGAUUUAUAUCGUAGACGGUUCCAAGCGAUCCUCACAUAGCAAUGCUUAUUUUUAUGGCUUCUUUAAAAACAAGAGAAUAGUUUUGUUUGACACGUUACUGGCUGACAAUCCAGUGAAGAAGGAUGAAGGUGAAAACGGUACCGCAGAAGACAAAGAUGGCAACGAAGGUGAUGAAAUCAAUCAGGAAAAUGGAGAAGUGGAUAGCAAUAAGGAAGACACCAAAGAUGAGGUAUCGUUGAUAAUAAGAACGCGUGGUUUAAGGAACUGCUGGCAGAAAUUUGGCACUUUAAUAGAAAAAAUAUAUAUAAGAACCUGUCUAGCAAAGCAAAAUCAAGCAGAUUCUUAUAUGUGGGUUACAGGUAAAUUAAGAUGAACAUUUUAACCAAGAAGUUUGACUUCCAAAUUGCCAAUUGAUGUUACAAGAAGAUACUGCACCAAACUGUAAUUACAAAUAGAAGUAUUACUGAGAAAAAACUCAAGUUUCUUUAUUUUUCUGGUAGUCGACAACUAUAUCUCCUUCAUGGAAAUUAAGAACGUAAUCAAAUACCUACUUAGCCUAAAUUACCAAUAACUACCCCAAAAUAAAAGAACUUUUUUGCCAGACCUCAAAAAAUGUAGGUUCUUCUUAGCGGGUGUUUACUGUAUCGUUUAUUCUAGUUCGUACACUUCACACGUGUCCAAUGUACACAAACGGAUACGAUUCGUCAAAACGCCCAUUCCAAUCUUACCAUUAGCGAAAAGUUACGAUUUGUUAAAGAAGCCGUCCGAUUCGUCAGGGUAUCUAACAGUGUUUCUGCUGUUGCAGAUUACAACUGAAAGUGAAGAGAAAAAGGCCCCCAAGGGCUGUUCAAACGAUGAGAUACUUGCAGUAUUAGGACACGAGCUUGGGCACUGGAAGCUCAGUCACACUCUUAAAAACCUUACUAUCUCACAGGUAACAUUGAGUGGUAUCGGGUCGUUUCGCCCGAAGGUCGAUUCGCCCAAUGGCCAGUUCGCGCAGACUAAGUCGAUUCGCGUAAUGUGUAUUUGUCGUUCUUUAAACCUGAGAAAAAGGAAUAAGCAUGGAAAGACAAUGACUGCACAUGUGAAAUCCAAGGUUUACUGAAAUAACAUCUCCGAUCAGUAUGUUCACCGUGUUAAAGAGUGUUGUAUGUCAUCGGGCGGAUCGACUUAAGUCCUAGCGAACGCCUUCGGUCGAAACGACCGCAAUUCACCUAGAGUUUUUUUGUUUCCUUUAGUGAUUCACCUGCUUCCUAGAGUAUAUUCCUCACCCUACACCAAGCUACAAUCUUGGACAAAAAGUGUUAGGAAGUUUGUACUUUAAUUUUCUUACCCACAGCAUGCCUUUUCCGCGGAUUUGGUACCGCUAUAGCCCCUCCCCUACCCCCACCCUGGUAAAUGUUGUUCAGUCGGGGUCAGAAAUGAUCCAUACGGACUUCAGCAUUGUUUUUUUGGGGGGCGAAGGGGGAAUGUUUGUGAGUGCACUGCGGUAAAAAAAAAAAAAAAAAAUUCUAGGAUAGAGUCACCUAGAACUUUCCAUAACUCUACGCCAAAAAAUGUUAAAAAAUUUAACGAGUUUCGAAUCAAAAAUAAUGUACACAAUUUUAGCGAUAUUCACCUACAUUGUAUUCCAGUGAAAGGAAACCAUUCAUCAAUAUUUCGGUGGGGAAGUGAAGCACAAAGGCUUGAUUUUACCAACUCAGUUGACUCAAAUGAUAAUGUGAAUUUUCCACAGUAAAAAGAUUAAAUAGCUAACGUUCGGAGCGCACGAUUUGCCUCUUACUACAAAAUACGAGAUAUGCCCCGAUCAUAUCAUCCCCGUAGCACAAAAGCAGCCGACAUUUUGUGAUGCUACGGUACCACUGGUUUCCCCGCGAAAUGAUUUUCUGAGGAACGAGCGCAGAAAUUCCAUACUGAUGACACGUCAUUACCCAUACCUGGGUAGUGCUUCUGAUUGGUCGUGUGGAAAAUGUGCUUCAGCCAAUCAGAAACGCUGUUCAGAUCUGGGUAGUGUCACGUCAUCAGUAUGGAAUUUCUGUACUCCUCUCUCAGACGUUAUUUCGCGAAAUGUAGGCUUUUUUCUCAGGCUAGUGAUCCCGUGGCUCAACGCCUUUGCGUUUUACCUUUCCUCGCUUAUGAGCUACCGGUACUCUCAGUUUCAACCAAACUAGCCUGCAAGCAAGCUCUCCUAUUUGGGCGAGUGAAACGAGUCUCGCGAGAACACGCGAGCGAGCGGCGAAGCCGCGAGGGGCAGAGGAAAGGAGAGCUUGCAACCAUCCCUGACAAAUUUUCAUUUGUACUUCGCCCAGACGAAGGGAAAUACCAUUGGCUGAAAAAUGACGUUCCGGAAAUCAAAGUUGAUUGAUAACAGGCCAAGCUGGCACCCGCUUCGACUGUGUGUCAAAUUUGGUUCUCAGGGGGAUCCGAUUGGUACCGAGAACUUGUUUCAGCCCUCAAUGCAGACGGGCUCGUUUGUUGUAAUUCUCGCAAAGAGAAUAUUGCGUGCCGAGGAUAAGUCGGACCAAGUUUGUAGUUCUUGUGGAAGGAAAAUGAAAACCCUUCAUCAGUUGUAUUCAUUUGUGUCAAGCGCCUUGUUUAGUACCUUUCCUCGGCCCCUCGCUCGCGCGUUCUCGCGAGGCUCGCUUCGCUUGCCCAAAUAGGAGAGCUUGCUCGCAGGCUACAACCAAGCGUGUCUGAAUUAAACGUACCCGUAUUCAUCCUUAGCAAAUAUCACAUCCGUUAAUUCAGAAUCAAUCUGGGUAUUUUCUAACUACUGCUUGCUCUCCUGUCUGUAGGUGAAUUUGUUCCUUUGUUUUAUGAUGUUUGGUUACCUGAUGCACUACAAGGUCUUGUUCACCAGUUUUGGUUUUCCUAACUCUCAACCCACCAUGAUCGGCCUGGUUAUCAUAUUCCAGUUUAUAUUUUCACCUUAUAAUGAGGUAAGCACAGAAAUGUCCUAGAUACAGAGUCACCUCCUCGGCUAAAUUUCUCAAUAUAUCGUUGUACGUAAGAAAAACCUCUUUUAUCCUAUAAACUUCAGUGAAAUACCAGGUGAGCUUUUGGGCGAAAACAUGAUAUUUUCACAUGUGAGAUUAACAUGUUAUCUUCAGUUCACUUGUGAAAAGAUCACCGUUGCUAUGGCUACGCAAUAAAGCGCGCGUUUCAUUCGUAGCGCAAAAUUAUUAAAGUAAAAUGGGUUGGUAUUUUUUUGGUGUUAAUAUGAUAAGGCUGAGAGAAGAGACAUACAUGUACAACCCCUCACAUGUAUAGAGGAUAUUACAUGGCCGCGCGGAGAUACGAAAUUUCUCUUCUCCUGCUGAAACAUAUUUCACGAGUGAGCGCAGCGAACGAGUAAAAUAUAUCUUUCUACGUUCGAAGAGAAAUUUCUUAUCUUCAAGUGGCCAUUUAAUAUCCUCUAUGUACAUGUGAUGGGUUGUACAUGUAUGUCUCUUCUCUAAGCCUAGCCUGGUGGCCGAUUAACCGAGUGUAUUCUCUAAACGUUUGCUGUAAUUUUAGUUGUUAGGCUUUCUAAUGACCGUGCUGAGCCGGAAGUUCGAGUUUCAAGCAGACGCUUUUGCAAAAUCUCUUGGAUUUUCUGGUCAUCUACGCUCUUCUCUAAUAAAGCUCCAUAAAGAUAAUCUUGGGUUCCCUGUGGCAGACAAGCUGUACUCUGCUUAUCACUACUCCCAUCCACCGCUCAUUGAACGACUCAGAGCCCUGGGAACCAAGCAAGACUAAAUGCUGGAAAUACAAGUGAAGCACAAUUGCGGACGUGUGGCUUCUAUAUUAUUAUUUUGUAAAGUGGAACCGGAAGAGACAAAGGUCUUCCGCUUUUCACAUGUCACACGUCUAUCAAAACCCCACACUUGUGUUAACGUAUUGGUCUAAAAAAUCUUAAGUGUUAAGGAAUAAUAAGAAUUUAAACACUGUUUAAAGUUGUAUCGCCGAAGUUAUUUUGAAUUCGAUAUUUGGUGCACUUAUCAAAGUUAAACUUCGGAGUAAAAAGAUCACAAAUGAAGGAAAAUGUAGUGGUUAAGAGACUGGACUUUCAUCUAACCUGCGUAGCAGUCGCCUGAGAGAGAAAACGGGGCACGCGAGGGAGACACGCGUGUCUCUUUCGCACACCUCGAUCUUUUUGUGGAUAUUGCUUUUAGGCUCCUGCUACGCCCCCGCGCAGGUUAACUUUCAACCCUACAGAGGGCGGAACGGUAGAUUGGUUUUACUUCACUCCAUCAUAAUUUAAGGGGUGUCUGGCGGGCAAUGUUAAGGAAAAUAAUUGGAGGAAACAGCUUCCAAGUAAGAUAUAUCCUAGAUAUCACUUCCCAACCUUAGGACGACGGCAACAGAACGUCAAGAAAGCAGUCGGGUUAGCCUCAACUUUGCCGUUACUGCGCCAGUACGACGAGAAAUUGCCCAGAUGUAUUUUCAUAUUGUACAUGUUGUAGUUAAUUUUUUAUUUCAGUUUAUUUUUGUUUUUCGUUUUUUUUUCAAAUUCAUUAGCAGACAUUACCAUACCCAAACAUAAUGGAAAAAUAAAAAUUAAUUGAGAUAAAAAAUUAACUACAACAUACAUAUCGAGAACCUGAACAAACUACGACGAAUUUGUCUUUUUUUUUUAUAGCCGAGUUAAGAAUUCAACUCCAGCGGAGUUCCCCUACUUUUGACAAUAUACCGUAUUUAUUCGAAAAAGCGCCCAACCUCGAAUUAGCGCCCACUUCGAAUAAGAGCCCAUCCAAACGGCAGAAAAAGUUAAUAAGCGCCCACCUCCAUCCCACCCCCUUCUCCUCACACUCAAACUCAAAUAAGCGCCCACCCUCACC